AUGCUAGCAGGAACCAACCAGAAACACAUGCUAGCAGGAACCAACCAGGAACACAUGCUAGCAGGAACCAAUCAGAAACACAUGCUAGCAGGAACCAACCAGAAACACAUGCUAGCAGGAACCAAUCAGAAACACAUGCUAGCAGGAACCAACCAGAAACACAUGCUAGCAGGAACCAACCAGGAAUGUUUGCAAAGAAGAACCAAUCAGAAACUCAUGCAAGUAGGAACCAAUCAGAAACAAUUGCUAGCAAGAACCAAUCAGAAACAAUUGCUAGCAGGAACCAACCAGAAGUGCGAUGAGAGUUCUGCGUUGUUGCGGGGGUCGGGCCGCUCACUGCGGGCGCUCCUGGCGGUCGUCGCCUUCACCAACUUCCUGGACUACUUGCUCCUCACAGCCGUAGUUCCAAUAAUUCCGGACUAUCUGCUGGAGGCGGACAGACAGGCGGACGGAAGUCAGGCGUUUACUUCCGGUGUUGCGCGACAAUUGUCGGCAUCGUCCAUCAUAUAUUCUAGAGCCGAAAACAACAACAGCAUAGACACAAAUGCUACAGAUGGAUCCAUUUUUGAAAAGGCGCUACGGCUUCCGGUUCGUGCCAUAAGUGAGAACAGUCGAGUGGGCUGGCUGCUCGGAUCCAAGGCGCUUGUGCAGAUAGCCGCCAACCCCGUGGUCGGUUACCUCUCAAACAGAGUUAGUUAUCGGUACCUGCUCAUGUUCGGAACUGGUGUUUUCGUGAUUUCGGCUUCAAUGCUGGGAGCCAGCCAGACGUUCACGCCGCUACUCAUCGGGCGGGCCGUACAGGGAGUCGGGUCCGCCGCCACCACAAUAUCAGGUAUGAGCAUGUUGGCGGAAUAUUUCUCCGAGGACGAGAGGAGAAGCCAGGCUAUGGGGCUCGCCAUGGGAGGGUGUGCCCUGGGCAUUCUAGUGGGCUAUCCGUUCGGCGGGCUCCUGUACGCGCUGUCGGGGAAGACUCUGCCAUUCGUCGGCAUCGCCCUUCUCGCUUUCCUUAGUCUAGGUCUUCAGUAUGAGCUCUUCCAAAAGAUCGAAAGCACAGGAAAGGUCGAGACUGGGUCCUCCUCGUUACUGACGCUUCUCUGGGAUCCUUACAUUGUUCUCUGUGCAGGAGUGAUAAUGUUGACGUCCAUGUCGUUGGCGGUGCUGGAGUCCACAGUGCCCCUCUGGGUCAUGGGCACAAUGGACGCCAAACAGUGGCAGCUAGGCGUUGCUGACGCCGCAAUCAUGCCGCUGUUGGCUCUACUGAUGGACGGCCGUCACACGAGCACUUACGGAAGUGUGUACGCUAUUGUUCAGCUUGCCGUCUGUUUAGCAUACUCACUUGGUCCAGCCAUUGCAGGUACAAUUGUCAAAAAUUAUGGCUUCAAAUGGGCAAUGUGGGGAAUGGCGGGUGCCAACUUGGUCUAUACGCCUCUGUGUGUCCUUCUGCGGGCGCCGCCUCUAGCUUCGGACACACAGUGUAUUUUGGGGGACAUGGACGACGAUGACGACAAUAUCAGAGAGACGUCAGCUGACGUGCCGUCCUAUACCGCUCUCGAAUGA